AUGCCCGACUUCUGCGUGGGCUAUGAACGACGCUUUUUGUUUCUAGUUUGUCGCAGCAGCUGCGGCAGAAAGCACCGACAAAAAAUAGAAAGCGCUUCUCCUGCUUCCAGGCGGAAAGGCGCAAGAGCCGGGGCGGGGAGAGGAAGGAUGCUGAGCAAGUUCAUGGGCCCCCGUUACGGGCAGCUUCUGCGCAUCUGGAUGCCUACGAUGAGCAUGUGGGGCACGGUGGGAGCCGUGGGACUGGUGUGGGCCACGGACUGGAGGCUGUUCCUCGACUACGUACCUUGGAUCAACGGCAAGUUUAAGAAAGACGACUGA